AUGGGUGAGCUCGCCGACUACCUGGCCCAACACGACGCCAACUUUCGAAAGGCUCGGCUGCCGGCGCUCUACUCAGACUUUCGUCCGCAGAGAACCCUGAACCCCGAUGGCUAUCGUGCCAACGUGUCGGCCUGGCGCGGCGCCAUCGCGAGCCUUGCUUCGAGCGGACUCCUUUCCCGCUGCCUCUCCGGCUCGAGCGCCUUUGUGUUGAAUCUCGACGAGUCGCUGCCGCGCUAUUUGGAAAGCAGACAGUUCGGGCAGCCUCUCGCCCUUGGCACGGCCCUUCGCGAAGCCAUCGCCACCAAAGACCUACUUCCGGUUCAAGAAUUCCUACAAUCCGAACAAGGCACCGGCGCGCGCUCCUGGGUAGGACUGCCGUGGAGCGCGCUCGGCUGGACGCUGCGCCAGCUGGGUAUCGUGGAUCCCGCGCGAGGCGAAGACAGGCUACCAAAGGGCCGAUACGUUAUAACGCAGAAUGUGGACGCCGCGGCGGCGGAGUUGGCACAUAGAAUGGCCCAUAUGCCGUCAAAGUUUGAUCGCAUCUUCACAAAGGCGCAGUUCCAGCGCGACUUUGCCACAGACCUCCUGGGCAGCCACGUGCGACUAUCGGAUACCGACUUCGACGUGCUGCUUACCUUCCUGACUAGAGAUAGAAACUUGGUCGAGUACGACGGUCAUACCAUACGAAUUCGCGGGGGGCCAGAUGAGAAAAGGGGCAUCACGGAGGAGGACUCGGCCAUCGCGUCCAUCAAGGAGCUCACGGCGAGCCUCAAGCACCAGGCCAAGCUUCUCAACACACGCGUCGACGAAUUGGGAAUGGAGGCUAAGACUGCAGUCUCCCGCAACAAUCGUGUGACUGCACUGGCUGCUCUCAAGUCCAAAAAGAUUGCCGAGUCCUCGCUUGCCCAACGGUAUACGACGCUGAACCAGCUUGAAGAAGUGACGGCGAAAAUAGAGCAAGCCUCAGACCAAGUGCAGCUUGUCAAGAUAAUGGAGUCAUCCGCCGGUGUUCUCCAAAGCCUCAACUCUCAGGUUGGCGGCACCGAAAGGGUCGACGGAGUCGUGGAUAGACUUCGCGAGCAGAUGAACGACACGGACGAGGUUGCUGCCAUCUUGGCCGACGCGACUGGAGCUACGGUAGAUGAGAGUGAGAUCGACGAAGAACUGGAGGCUCUGGAACGGGAAGCGAGGAAUGCAGAAGAGGCAGACCAACGCAGAGAGGCAGAGAGGAGGGCCGCUGUUGAGGCUGAACAAGUACAGAAGCAGCUGGAUAGUCUGCCUCGGGUGCCAGACCAGGAAGUCGUGCCAGACAGGCAAAAGUCGCCGACUCCGACAUCUGAGACUGGAAUCGGCAACCUCUCCUUGGGGGAACCAGCCGGCGAACGAGUCAAAGAGAAGCCGCAGGCAAAUUCCGAAGCCAUUUGA